AUGACACUUGCCGAAGCGUAUCGUUCCUGUUGGUUAAUAGCAACAUUUGGAUUGGUUCUAUUUAUUGGUGGUGCCGGUGUACUUUUUUGGAAUGAGGGACGAGCCGUACAUACAAUAAUGUCAUUAGACGAAGCUUUGGAUGAUGCAGUAACCCUCGAAGCUGGUGCCGACGAAAUUGAACCAAUCUAUAAUGAUCGAAUUGUACAUAUCACUGGACCCAUAAUUGUUGGAGAACCAUUAACCGAACCGGAUUAUAAUAUACAAGUGCUGGCUGUAAAACUUAAACGAAGAGUUCAGAUGUAUCAGUGGGUUGAGGAGACGGUAGAACACAAUUAUGGAGAAAGUGUGGCCUCGGUACAUACGGAAGACCGCACUUAUUAUUAUACAAGAGAUUGGCGUGAUCAUGUUGUCGAUUCACGUUCAUUUUAUAUACAAACUGGACAUCAAAAUCCCCGACAAUUUCCCAUAGAAUCGGCCACACAAACAGCUGAUGCCGUUUAUAUUGGUCGUUUUGAGUUGGGUGCCGAUAUUAAAAAUAAAUUCAAUAAUUAUGUUGAAUUGACAUCAGAUACGAGGCCGGAGGAUCCGUCAAUUAAAUUGCAUUUGGGUUUAUAUUAUCAUACGAAUGAUAUUUUUAAUCCUGAAAUAGGUGAUAUACGAAUAUUAUUUUCCUUUGCCGGCAUGGAAGGUGAAAUGUACACCAUUGUUGGGAAACUUGUCAAGAACAAAAUCGAACCAUAUGUAACCAGUCAAGGUGUUAAAAUUUUACUUGUCUACCCGGGUGAACAUUCAUUGACUGAGGUGUUUAAGAAGGAACAUCAUGCUCAACGCUUAACCACAUGGGGCUUCCGUUUUAUGGGUUGGGUUCUGGUAUUUUUCGGUGUAACAUGUACAUCGACUUUAUUACAUCUAAUAUUGUCACGUAUUCAGUUUCUCUCGGCACUUGCACCCGAUCCACGAUUCCCAGUUGGCGCCAACGUUUUACUUUCUCUCUCAAUGGCAUUGGUUAUAGCUGCCGUGGCAUGGAUAUUGCAUCGACCAAUGAUUGGUGCUGGUCUAAUGUUUGCUGCCGCCUCGCCGUUUGUAUGGUUUGCCAGAGGCGUGGCCAAUUACCAAAGAGUCAAUUGA